UUAACAAUACACAAUGUCGCUAAAUGAAAAGUAAAGUUAUUUUAAUUACAUUAUGAGAAUUCUCAACUUUUACAAAAAGGGUAGGUAAUUAAAAUAUGUUAAAAUGCAAUCACAAAAGUAUCUCCAGUUAACUUUGGCAAUAAUUAAGCCACAUAUUGUUAAAUCGCCUUUUGUGCUUCAGAAAAUUCGAGACUUAAUCAUUGACAAUAAUUUGAAAAUUGUCAGAUCACGCAGGACAAUAAUUACACAGAAGGAAGCAGAAUUAUUUUAUGAAGAACAUAAAGAAAAAUUUUUUUAUAAUCGUCUUUUGACGUUUAUGUGCAGUGGGCCAUCAGAUAUUCAUAUUUUAACAGAUUACGAUGCUAUUGCUAAAUGGAGAAAAUUAAUCGGUCCUACAAAAGUAUACCAAGCACAAUAUACUGCCCCUGAUACAAUUCGAGGAAUGUUUGGUCUAUCAGAUACAAGAAAUGCAGCACAUGGCUCUGAUUCUGUAGAAUCUGCAGAGAGAGAAAUAAGAAUAUUUUUCAAAAAUUUUGAUUUAAAGAAAUGGUAUGAUUCUGAAGAAAAAUACUAUAAUUUAGGUCAACUUCAUUUUGAUCCUAUAGCUUUUCUUCAUAGUGUUGAUAAAAGUCCUAUAAACACUAAUACAAGACAAAUUACAUAA